ACAUCUCAAACUUAAAGGUGGACAGUGAGAUAAAAACAUUUGUACGUUAAUUAAUAAACCUCCUACUUCAAGUUUUUUUUAAUUAGCUAUAAUAACACUAUAAUACGGUCACAUUUCAUCAAGACUAGUCGCUCAUAAUGUUGACUUUGUCCCUUUUUACAUUAUUUGUCAUUGCUGUAUUCAGUUAUAUUUACUUUUCAAUUCGUAAGCGGUAUAACUAUUGGAAAGACCGGGGCAUAGUGCAUGAAGAACCUAAGUUUAUAGUGGGAAAUUUUACCUUUUUCAUGAGAAAGAGCUUUUGGGAGUACUUUUACGAUUUGAAAAAGAAAUUUCCUGAAGACUGCGUCGGAAUAUAUUUGGGGCUUCAGCCAGGUCUAGUGGUACAGUCUCCGGAGCUUGCGAAGAAGGUUCUUAUUGAUGCGGAUUGCUUUCAACAUAGAUUUACUUAUUCUGGAACUGUUGGUGAUCCCAUUGGAUCGCUCAAUUUAUUUGUCAGUAAGGGACGUUUAAGAAAAGAUCUACAGCAGGCGUACUCGCCACUCUUCACAACGGCUCGUCUUAAAACAGUUACAACAUUAAUGAACAUCAAUGCUCAGGACUUGAAAGUAAAAAUUCAAAAAGACUUCGUUGAACAAGGGAAGCAUGUUAAUAUAAAGAAACUUAUGACCAUGUACGUCACAGACACUCUAGCGUUUAGCGUCUUCGGCAUUCGUCUGAGUACAUUAAAGGGAGAGAAAUCACCAUUAUGGGACAUCACUAGUCACAUUACUAAAUGCAACUUUUCUAGAGGCUUGGAGAUUUUGUCGAUUUUCUUUAUACCAAGUCUAGCGGAAGCGUUGAGAAUGAAGUUUUUUUCGAAACCUGCCACAGAAAUAUUUAAAAAGAUGUUUUGGUCAGUUGUGAAGCUACGCCAAGCAAAAGGAGAGAAAAACAACACUGACCUUGUAGAUUACUUUCUUAAAUUGCAGGAUAAAUUUGCAGCUAUUGGCUAUGAUGAUAUAAGUGAAAACUUGAUGUUGUCCCAAGCAGCUGCAUUUGUAAUGGCAUCUAUUGAAACUACCACUGUCACACUUACAUACACAAUUUUCGAGCUGGCAUAUCAUAAGGAAGAACAGGAAAUUCUAUAUAAUGAAAUAAAUGAUGUUGUACGUAGAUCUGGAAAGGACGUUCUCGACUACACUGAAUUAUCCAAAUUGAAAUACCUCAUUGCAGUUAUCAACGAGACGUUAAGAAAAUGUGUACCACUACAGCACUUGGAUAGAGUAUCCCUUAAUGAUUACCAGUUAACAGAUGACAUAGUCCUGGAAAAGGGAAUUCCAAUCAUGGUAAACGUGACUGCUCUUCAUCAUGAUGAGCGAUACUUUCCUGAACCGAAUGAAUGGCGUCCAGAAAGGUUUUUAAAGUCAUCAGAAUUCGACGCAUUAAACUAUACGUUCUUACCUUUCGGCGAGGGACAUCGGUCUUGUAUAGGUAAACGUUAUGGGAUGCUACAAUUGAAAACGGCAUUGGCUCAAAUUGUCCACAAUUUUAGAAUUGAGCCAAUAAUGCCGUAUGAACUUAAAAAAGACCCAUACAGCAUUGUACUCGCACCCAUUGACGGUGCAAGCGUAAAGUUUGUUCCUCGUUGAAUCAUUUAUUUAAAAAAAAUCCUAACUAGAUCUCCGUGAUAGUUACAUAUUACAUAGUAAGUGCGUAAAAAUAUUGAAAAUGUAGUUUGGCGUCGAUAUCGUACUUAUUCAAACUAAAACUAUUUUCUGCAACAACUUUGUAUAUCUCAUUUAGAUAUUCGUAUAUAAUUAUAGUAUAAUUUAAUAAUAAGUCUAAUUUUGUAUUGUUUGCCGUCCAGCCUCAUGCUUAAAAAAACUAAUUACGUUCUAUAAUUUUCUUGUUUGAAAUACAAAAGGAAUAAAGAAAAGAGAUAUAAUUGGAUUUAUAAUUAAAUCCGAUUCAAUUCUUCAAUUUGUUGAGCUAUUCGACAAUAUAAUCAGGCUGAAUUUCGGCUUAUAUUACGAGUAAAGAAAUCUUUCUUGUAUUUCAUAAUAAUUAUAAUUCAGUGCCUCAACAACCAUUUGUUAUAGUCGUUAUAUGUUAUAUAUAUACUUAGAUCAUUUUCUUUUAUGUAAGAUGAUUAGGUUGUACCUGACACAAGUCGGCAAUUUGGGUGUAAGUCAUGCCGGUUUCCUCAUGAUGUCUACCUUCACCGUACGUUCAAGUGUUGAUUUCACGCAUAGAAAUCAUGUUGAUACUAAACGUCUGUUUUUAUAUGAGCGCGUUAGCUUUGUGGUUAAGCGCACGCAGCGAACUUUAACGUGAAACGUUAAACCUGAACGGAGAAAAACAUCAUAAGAAGCCCGACACAUCUCAGGCCAAAAUUGUACAGAAAAAGAAACAGAAUUGUCUAUGGUUUACACAUUUAAUUUUCAUGUUCAUAACACGGUAUAUCUCGUAUUGUCUAUUGUUAAAAUAGCUUUUACACAUUAAGAAAAACACUU